GAAAUGGGUCCAGGUUCACCUCCGGACCGUCCUGUUCCCGCGGAAGCUGACGAAGUGUCCGAUUAUCAGUCAUCAAGCUCAGAGCCGUACAUAUCGUUCUCCAGCGACGGUCCUGCCGAUGACGAUUACGAUGAGGAAGAACCAGAGCCACAACCAUGGUUGCAACCAGAAGAAAUUGAACAUCCGAGACGUGAAAACAGAGAUGAUGACGGAUCGGAAAGUGAUUCGAGUUCUGAUUGUACUGAAGGAGCAGAAGCGACGCCUGAGCAAUGGAAAGAGCUCGAAAAAGAACUGGAUAAGGUCGUCGCGUUUAUGAAAGACAGUGAAGCGGCAAAAGCGACGGAAACUGAUCCUGUUAAACGUUAUAAGAAUCUCUGCCAACUUUCGAUGACUCUCAAAAUCAUGAGUCCCAGGGACGGUGGAUGGAAAAUUCUUCACGACAAGCGCACGGAAGCGGAGCAAUUGGCUAUUGAUCGUGCCAAUUUUGAUAUUCUCAAAUUCGUCUAUGCAAGGCAUCCGAUUGUGUUAUCGCGUGGGGAGAGUUUUAUCGGCCGAUUGGAGAAUAUUGAUAGAAAGUUAGCCGAAUUGAUUACUCAAUUCGUUGCCAACCACGACAAGCAUUCGUUUAGAGCGGGAAAUUUCUCUGUUGCCGUCGGUUUCGACGAAUUCCCACCGGUCUUAAAGUGGAGAACCACUGCCGAGAACAAGACGAUUAUGCUGAGGCCUGUCCUUGUGGACGGAGUCGCCGUGUUGAAUGCGACGAUGGAUGAUGACACGUGGAAGCCGUUCGCCGAUAGAACGAGAUAUUGCGAGAAUUGGAUCUAUGAGCCAGAUUUGAAUCUUCCGGUCAAACCGUUAGUCGAUAUCAUUCUUCUCUUCCUGAUUCGUGGCCACAAAGUCAAAGUGUAUCUCCCGAAAUAUUAUGAGGAUUUUGUAUCAGAUUGUGGAGUAUCGAAAGUUGAUGAUUUGGUGGCAUUCCGGACAUUGGUUGCAUUGGAUUUUAUCAAGUUUCAGCCGAUUACAGAAGCAUACAAUUAUAAAUGGUUCAACGUUGUUUCUGGUCUCGCGGAUCGCUCUGGCGCUGUUUUCGUCUCUUCGGCUGAAUAUCGUACCAGCAAAACGCCAAUCGAAUACUCAAAAUCGUCCGAACGAAUCAUUACUCCAUGUUUCUUGAACGCCGAUGAUCGGCUGAUGGUGUUGGAUCCAACGAUUCGUUAUAGAAAGACCGGAGAGAGCAACUACACGAAUAUCUCGUCUGAUGAAAUCCUCCAAUUCACUGACCAGGGCGACGAUCGUAUGAAGCUCGGCGAGCAACUGUUCCUCGAACAUCAAAUCGAAUUGAUUUGCUCCUUGUGCAAACUCUACCCGGUGAAACUGCUCAACAAAGUAGCCAUCAAGCAGCUCUUGGAGCUUGUCGUUUUUGCUGAAGCUGAUUUCGAGAUGCCUGGAAUGAGUGUGACGGACUACGAGCAGUUGUACAAUCGCUUCGAGCGCGGAGAGCUUUAACUCGAUCUCGUUUUUCCUUUUUCCUCAGCACUUUUUUGAAUAUACUGUAAUAUUUUAAUUUUUCAUGCUUUUAAUUUGUUAAACCUCAAUUUUAAAUUUGAGAAUAAAAUAAAUGGUUUUUUUUC